CUUAUAAUCCCGUGGAGAAUUAGAUUUAUUGACGUUGAGUCCCGUUAGGAAGACACAAUUCAGCUAUUUGACGAAGCUUGGAAAAGACUAAUCAGAUUGGAUCAGAUCAUGGAGACAGAAAAAAACACAGACCUAAAACUAGAAGAGCCCGGAGAAGAAGAAGGAUUGGAGCUUGUUCUCUUUCAAGUAUCAGAAUGCUAUGUUUACAUGAUUCCUCCCAGAAAAAGUGCAGCUUCAUACAGGGCUGAUGAGUGGGAUGUGAACAAGUGGGCGUGGGAGGGCAGACUAAAGGUUAUAAGCAAAGGAGAGGAGUGCAUAAUUAGACUUGAAGACCAGGCAACAGGUGAACUAUAUGCUCAGGCUUUUCUGAGAGAUGGGGAGCCUCAUCCAGUAGAGCCUGUGAUUGAUAGUAGCAGAUACUUCGUUCUUCGAGUAGAAGAAAAUAUUGGGGGUCGGCUUAGGCAUGCUUUUGUUGGCAUUGGAUUCCGGGAAAGACCCGAAGCUUAUGAUUUCCAAGCUGCCCUUCAUGACCAUAUGAAGUAUGUAAACAAGAAGAAAACUGCUCAAGAGAUGGAACAACAAUUCCAGAAGAUGUCGUCAACAGAUUACAGUCUAAAAGAAGGGGAGACUCUUGUACUUCAAAUAAAAAAUAAAGCGGGAGGUGGCGGGACGAUAAAGUCAAAGUUUUUUGAACAAGGUUUGAAUAAUCUGUCAUUAGAGGAAAGAGGCAACAAAAAGGAAAGCGCUAUUUUAAUAAAACCCCCACCCCCGCCCCCAACACCCAUCAGCGUUGUGGAGAAUUCUCCCAGUGGGUCACCACCCGUGUUUAGUCUUGAACAUCAAUCGGGGAUGCCUCUAAAUCUAAGACCGCUGGAUGUUGAAGAUGAUUUUGGGGAUUUUCAAGCAGCUGGGUAGUAAUAAUAAUGAAUGUGGGGUCUCAUAUAUGAUUAUAUGUAUUAUUAGAACGUCUGGAUUUAUUCACAUUUGAUGAAUGCCUUUUUAUAUCCUGGGGUAAUAGACAUACAUUCGUCUUAGAUUCUCUAAA